AUGGGCCGGGGUGGGUAUGAUGUCACGGAUGCGAACAAGAAAAAGUCGUCUGCCGCUGCUGAGGUCCUGAACUGGGAAGGACGUAACAGAAAGAACCGAGAGGAUGCCGCCGCCGUGAAGGCCAAUGAAGACGCCGUAGAGAAGCUCAUUAGGGGGAAGAAAAGUCGCGGUAUCAUGGCCGCUAGACGAGCUGAGAAGAAGGCUGGCGCCAGGUCUGAGCCAGCAGACGGGGGCCACGGAUAG